CACAGUACAUCAUUGACCUUCUUCACCUUUAUUCUCCUUCUAGAGCAUUGAGAUCAUGUAAUCAACUUAUUUUAUUUGUCCCCCGUUGGGUGAUCGAGCCUUUCCUCUGGUUGGUCCAAAACUUUGGAACGUUUUUGGAACCUUUGGUCUCCAUUUUCACGUGAGCCGAGCAGGGAGGCAGAGCGACGUCCUCAGAGGAGUAGGAAGGUGAAGCGAUGUCCUCAGUUGAGCAGGAAGGCAGAGCGACGUCCUCAGCGGAGUAGGGAGGCAGAGUAACAUCCUCAGUGGAGUAGGAAGGAGGAGCAACGUCCAAUAUGGAGCAAUAGUGAUGUAGACCAAGGACAUUUUAGCAGGCUGUAAAGAGGUAACGAGCCUGUCCCCUCUCUCUGAACAAGUUCUAAAGAGACUGAGCCCUCAGACUGUUCUGAAAAGUGGUUCCUGCUUGGGGUCCAUGAUCCCUGAUGCAAGUACAUCUGAAGAUGGCCUUAACUCUGGUUCAGCAGCUGUUAAAAUGUUUCAUACUUUCACUACUACAUCAUCCACCUCACCACUGCUGCUCACUGUCGAAAAUGAGGUGAAGGUGACAGAUGAUAAUUCGGAGAGUUUGAGCUCCACUGUGGACAUGUGCAGCAGUUUACCACCACCCAUCUCCCUCCUCUCACCCAAGGCCACUCAGAUGGCAGGAUGCAUCCGCAUCUGUGAGAAGAAACAUUGGGCUAAAGCCAAGGCAGAGCUGAACCUGAGGCAGGAGCUGCAAAAGUGUCUGGUGGCUGGUGUUGCCAGUCGGGAGUCAGAGCAGCUUAAACGCUUUGAGGAGUUCAUGGAGCUUAAGCAGAGACAGGAGUACCAGAGCAUGAGGGACAUGAUGGAAAAGGAAACACAGGAAAGCCUUGGACGCCAGGAGAAGUUAAAGGAAGAACACAGAAUGAAGAUCCUAAACUUGCGGCUGCGGGAGGCAGAACAGCAGAGGCUGAGGGAGGCAGAGCUUGAGCGGCAGAGGCAGCUGGAUGGCAGGGACAGGCUGAGAGCACUCAAUGCCAUUCAAGAGGAGGUGCUUGGGCUCAAUCAGCUCCUGGAACCUGCACCUUACACACAAACAAGCCCCACCUUGGACUAUACUUCUUACGUCACCCGUGGCAACCAGCUUUGUUCACAGGUUUCAGAGGUGGUACGCACUAUGACUGAAGGACAAUUUCCGACUGUUGAGGACAUGACUGUGGCAGAACGGGCACUACAGGAAAUGAGAACACUGGUUAGAGCCAUCCAGGAGGAGUUUGCUCAGGCACAAGAGCAAAAGAAGAUAGAGCAGGAGGAAGAAGAGUGCAGGAAGAAACAGGCAGGGAUGAAACCCCAGCAAGAAGAAAAGAAGAAAAGUGCAGCAUUACCUGUUAAAGAGAGAGUCAAAAAACAAGGCCUGCAGACUACAGCUGAUGACAGCACCUUGAAAUGGUACAAAGAACUGCAAAGUCUGGCCAGCCACUGCGCCCAGUCCUUUGAAGAUUUGAACAACACAAAGGAUAUGCAGACAAAAAAGAUGAGGAUGGAGCUCCAGAAGGCUGCAACAAUUCCUGUGAGCCAGAUCUCCAGUAUUUCAGGUUCCCAGCUGAAGGAGAUUUUUGACAAGAUUGACAAACUGUUAUUAGGACAACCAGUUGUGUCUGGUGGAAAGUCAGUUUCCACAUCCCAACAUCCUCAUGGACUAGAAUUUGUGAGCUAUAAAUUGGCAGAAAAGUUUGUGAAACAAGGAGAAGAGGAGGUGGCAUCUCACCAUGAAGCUGCAUUACCCAUUGCAGUUGUGGCCUCAGGUGUGUGGGAGUUGCAUCCUAAAGUAGGAGACCUCGUCUUAGCCCAUCUCCACAAGAAGUGUCCAUAUGCUGUUCCUCACUACCCUCCAAUGAAGGAUGGCACCUCCAUUGAAGAAUAUCAGCAGAUUCUGGGAUAUCGUGUGGAUGAGUCAGGGGUGGAAGGUCAGGACAGUUUCUUAAAAAGGAUGUCUGGAAUGAUCCGAUUAUAUGCAGCCAUAAUACACCUACGAUGGCCUUACACUAACAAACAAGGGGCUGGUCCUCAUGGACUGAAUCAUGGCUGGCGUUGGUUGGCCCAAAUGCUGAACAUGGAACCUCUUGCUGAUGUUACAGCAACUCUUCUGUUUGACUUUCUAGAGGUUUGUGGAAAUGCACUUAUGAAACAAUACCAAGGGCAGUUUUGGAAACUUCUAGUCCUCAUCAAAGAGGAAUACUUUCCCAGGAUUGAAGCAGUCACCAGCAGUGGACAGAUGGGCUCUGUAACAAGACUUAAGCAGUUUCUGGAGAACUCAUUAAGAAACCAGCAGAUUGAGCCACCCAAAGGACAACUAAACUCAGCCUUCUGGAGAGCCUGAAGGUUUUGAUUGUUCAUCUGUCAACUACCUCAAUGCUUAUAGAGAACACAUCAUGAAUCCUGACAUCCAAUUUAAACUAAAAAGAAAAUAGUUACUGUUAUUGUGGGAUUGUAUUACAAUCCCACAAAUCCAUGGCUGUUGCAGUUUCUUUUCAUGCAUGUUACAGAAUCAAAUUAUUCUGGUAUACAUAUGAUAAAUAUACACUCUGUGGUCACUUUAAUAGGAACACCUGUACCCCUGCUCAUUGAUGCAAUUAUCACGUGGCAGCAGAACAGAGCAAUGCAUAAAAUCAUGCAUAUAGAGGUCAAGAACCUCACUUAACAUUCACAUCAAACAUAGGAAUGUGAUCUUGGUGACUUUGGCAUGGUUAUGACUACAACACAGGUUCACUGAAACUGGACCAUUUAAAAAUCGUGGAGGGGGAAAAAAAUCUGGUCUUUUUCCAGUCUUUAGCUGUCCAGUUUCUCUUGUCUUUAGCGUUCCAGUUUUUCUGUUCACCAUGGUUGUGAAGAGCAGUUCUCAUAGACCUCUUGUCACCUCCUGGCAGACCUGCUGCUCACUGGAUGUUUUUUUUUCCCCCUCAUAAUUGUGUGAACUCUACUGUCUUAUGCAUGAAAAUACCAGGGGAUCAGCAAUUUCCAAAAUAUGCAAACCAGAACAUAUGACACCAGCAACCACAUUUUUCCCCAUUUUGAUGUUUUUGUGAACAUUCAUUGAAACCCUUGACUUGUAACAUG